UUUCCAAAUGUUGGCCUUGCAGUUUGACUCUCUCGCGGCGCAUUGUUUCGACGGCUGAGGGAGGGAGGAAGGACUCUGCGGUGACUUUAACGAGGCUCCUCGCGAAAGGAGCUGGCUGCAGGAGCGAUUCGCGUUUCUAACGCGUGCACCAAGUGGGGAUUCGAAACGCCUUGGGGGGAAACGGUUGAGUGACGUUGGAACGAUACAGGACCAAUCUUGGGAACAAUCGUGGCUAGGUAGAUAUUAUUCCGGUAUUCUUCGACGGAGGACGAUUGUGACCGUGAUUUUCGAAUAUUUCGGGACGGAGCAGAGUUCGAGUCAGUGUUUGGUGCGGUAAAGUGCGAGAAAUUGUCCGAUCGCCUUGGCCAAGGGCCGUGAAACUAACGUUGUGCCACUGAAACGACGAACUUCCGUCGCGCAUCCGGCCGUUUGACUGCGGAAGCGUGAAAACUCGUCGCGUGCACAUCCGUUUUAUGAAUUCAAUAAACAAGGGGAUUGUGAUGUAAGAGAUGCGUCGUGGUGACAUCGCGGCAACCGCGAUAGCCCUUCUGAUUCUCGGGCAGAUCCAGGGACCGCGGCAAACGAGGGUGGUCGGAGCAGUGGUGGUCGGCGCAGCCGUUUGCGGUCGUAUUCCAGGCCUGGCGAAGAGUCAACGGGAGCAGUGCAGAAAAGCGCCGCACGCGAUGCCUGCGGUGGGCGAGGGCGCGGAGCUCGGACUCCGCGAGUGCCGGCAUCAGUUCAGACAUCACCGCUGGAACUGUUCCCACGUGGCCAACGAUCAGGUCUUCGGCCACGUGGUCGUAGUAGGUAAGGAUUGUCCUGUCACCGCGGCCAGCCCGUUAUUUAUUAUGCUCCUCGGGCGUUUAACAGUGGCGUUGCUCGCGGGGCCCCUGCCACGCCGUAUGGGGCGCUCGCGGUCUGUAAAAGGCCGGCCGGCGUGUACGCGGUAAUGGAUUCAAGCGUCUUCGGUAUUUCGAGCGCGCGACGAUGUGAUGCAGACUCGGAUUCGCGUCGGAAGCUAAAGAUGCAUCGAGGAGCACUGCUAGAGCCAGUGGAAUAACAAACGGUUGGAAUAAACGGGAUAUUAAGUGAAUUUUUUCAUUUUUUUUAAGCUCAUUUUUCCGAGAUUUUGUGGAUUUGACGUGGUUUGGUCGGUGAUACUUGGGGUUAUAGAACUGUUGAACGAAGUUAGCGAAGAAGGUAGGGGAGAUAAGGGAUAGACAAAGGAAAGGGGAAAAGGAAUGUCCAUUUUUGAAGAUUUUAGGGGUUUGACAUAUUAUGUUUGUUGAUGCUAUAGAACUGUUAAAUGAAAU